AUGCCUACUAUCAAUGACAACAGUCCCGCGGUCGUCAAACCUGAUUCGUUUCCAAACCACAUCAACCAGCCGAGCAUAGAAUUGUCAAUUGCCUAUGACUUUGGGACGUCAUCUACAAAAGCCGCUUUCCGCAUCACCAAGCGUGGCAUUUUCCGGGCUAACCAACACUCUCUAGAACACAUCGGGGAGAUUGAGACCGUCGAUUUCCGUGGUCAGCCCUUUGUUCGCACUCAAAUAGCAUGGGAAAAUUCUGAGGAUACGAACGGCACUCAGCCUCAGCAGCUAUGGGGCCACGAAGUGACACUAGCUCUCAAAGCAGGGCGCAUCAGUAAUGACGAUGUAUUCAGCAGACUCAAGCCUAUUGUCUUCCAGGAGAAUCACCCUGAUCUGAUCAAAGUGCAAACCAAAAUCUCUAGAUUGGACGACUCGAUUCGACAACGCCCCCGCCGUAAUGCUCAUCCCGGCGAGCCUCAAUUUGUUGAGAUUGAUCAACUUCAGCUUCUGUCUGAUAACAUGGGCCAUGUACACCGAUAUGUGCUCAGCCAAAUUGCCGCUCCCCCCAAUCGACACAACAAUCAAGUCUCCAUCUUACUGCCAGUAGCUGCGACACCGGCUCAACAACAAACUAUGCUAGACCUGGCUAAGACAGCGGGCAUCUCCGAUUUAAGCACAAUUGGGGAACCAACUGCGGCAUUAGUUCGUCAUGUUCGAAUUGGGCGAGAUGAUUACACGGGUCGAGUUCUCGCUCUCCUUGAUAUUGGCGCCGGAUCGGUCGAUCUUCAAAUAUGGAAGAUCGUUUCAACUCAACCUUUGCGCAUUCAAGAAGUUAUCAAAAGCAGGACUGAGUGGUGUGGCGGCGACGCGGUCAACAAGGAAGCGGCUCGGAUCAUCAUCAAGGGCAUUGCUAGUAGGUCCAACAUGGCUAAGGUCCUCGGAAGCGUUCAAGGCACCUGUCGCGGCAAGAACAUGAGCGAAUCGCAAUUUCAAGAUAUGUUAGAGACUGAGUUCGAGGAGGCAAAGAAGUCGUUUUAUCACCCUUCUCGAGCUCGUCACAAGGACACCGUUGUUCUAACUCCAGAAGACAUGGCUGAGAUCUAUAGAAGCCCACUGAGGAAGAUAAUGGCAAUGUUGCGAGGAGCUGUGGAAGAUAUGAAGCAGGAAGGGUAUCGUGAGCCAUUCGAUACCAUUGUCAUGUUCGGUGGUGGAGCCAACGAAUACAUCCAGCAUCAGAUUGAAAGUGCCUCUGAGGCAAAUAAGACCCUCGGAGUCGAUUGUGAAAUCAUGUCUAUCCGCCCAACAGAUGCAAGUUUUAUGACCGCCGCUGCUGUGGGAGCAAUCUACAUCCAAGAGGAUGAAGCAAUUCUUGACAAGAGGGUGACCCUGAGAGGUUACUACAUCGCACGUAACAUAAUCGCCGGCGACCUACCCGACGUCGGCGAAGAUGACAAUUUGGAGUUCUUCAAACAUGAUCAACAAUUGAGACGCACAAAUGUGUCUAAAUGUUUGAUUCAACCAGGAACGACCGUCGGGCGACGUCACUUGGCAAUCAUUCGGGGCGAGAGAGCCUUGCUUCCGGAAGACCAGGAUGUUCACCGGUGUUGGGAUCAUGAAGAACGUCUUUACUUUUCUGACCAAGAGGUCAAGGACGACACCUGGGUCGAAAGACCAGGAAACACACUGCAUGAGAUGCCGAGCCCUCUGAAGUUCAAGAUUACGGCGGGAUGGCAAUAA